CUAGUAUAUAUUUCGCCACUAAACUAACUAACUAAACUACAUAUAAAAUUCCAUCAAUGUGCCCACCAUUAGAAUAGACUGUAAGUCGAGGACUCAUGGGAAAGGACCUGUUAAGUGCCGCAAAUCAUUUGUCUGCACGGGGGGUCAGUAACGUCAUUGCAAAUUUUUUUUACCUAAAUUAAGUUGAGUUUCCAAAGUUAUUGCAUUGAAAAAUUAACUCAUUUUAUGAUUAAAAAUCAAUCGUACAACACACAUUGUCAUAUUGUAUACUGGAGCCACUUCUCAUAAUUAAUGAUUAUGUAAAUUUCAGUAGAUUUUAUUUUACUUUUAUCAUGAGAAUAAAUGAAAUCUGCAUCAAUGUAACCGUAGACUUUGGUCUACCGACUAAAUAACCGCAGACUUCUAUUUAGUUUACAGUUCGACUGAUAAUGUUGAACUUCUCAUCUUGUUCGUUCUUGAUUUUUUUAAUUUUAAUAUUUUUUCAGGUUUAAUGGAUUAAUAUUCUUUAACUAAAUUGUAAUUACAACUUCAUUGUUUAUAUGCCACAAGUUGCAUUAUUGUAACUGAAACUUAUUUAGUUUGGCUGCGGAUGUAAAUAUUUUUUUCUAUUUGUCAACAAUUUUGUUUUUAUCGUAUAAAAUUUUUAAACGUUAGAUUCAUGUUUGUUGCGUGCUUACAUUCGUUGACUUGAAAUACCUAUGUACAUUUUUUUCUGGGUAUCUAACGAGGAAACUUUGAAGAAUUGAGUGCAGGCACUAGAUAAUUACUCUGCUCAGCUAGAGCAAUAGGAAUUUCAAUAUAGAUCUGUUGCCUUCAACUUUAUGAUUUUCUGAAUGCAUUACGAGUUUGCGCACGCGUUCUCAGUGUAAAAUUCUACGAAGGACUGAAUGUCGGUUAAUUGCGGCAUCAUCCUUCAUGUCUGGCGUAAGCUAUGCUUGCUUCUUUAGGCUGGAAUUCGUUGUAAUCAAAUUCUUUUUGGCUACCUUAAUUUUCUUCUUGUCUUGGUGAUAAUUACUUUUCUGCGUACCAUGUUGAUCACUUUUAUUUUUGACAGCGCCACACACUUGAUGUCAUUUGAAGAUGAUUUUACAUUCGUCGAGUCCUCGCACUCGAGCUAGUCGAAUGAUCAGGUGUAAUGAUCCGUGUGUUCUCAUCGCUAAUUCCCUUCAAAACACGGCCUUCAGCGGCGGCCUGGGUAAUGCCACAGGUUUUUUGACAAGAGUCUUCAGUUGUUUGGUGCAUAUAAGGGCAGGCAUGGCUGCGGUGUGUACAGAAACCCGGAUAACUUGUAACCACCCAGUCAACUCCAUUUGGGCUCCUGUCACCCGCUAUAAAGGAGAUGGUCGCGACUUCGGCUGCUUUCUUGCUGGUGAGCGCAAUGGUGGUGCUCGGAGACGGCGUAGCGGCGCUGCCGCUCAGCGUGUACUCAGACUGGUUCAUGCACGACCAAGAGUGUCGGGACAUUGCCGGCAACCGCGACCUGUACGAUGAGGUUGCCCGCGUCUGCAACGACUGUCAGAACCUCUUCAGAGUGUCCAAUAUCGGCCCUGCUUGCAGGAAGAACUGUUUCUGGAACGAAGAGUUCAAGCUGUGCGCCGAGGCCCUGCAGCUUUCCUCUGAACUGCCCGAGCUCAUCAGGAAGAUCCACGUCAUUAAAGUGGGCUAAGCCACGCCGUCUGACUGGCACUAGAGCGCUCUGGAUUAUUGGGAAGAAACUCGUACACGAAACACCUUAUUAGCCACACAGAUACUCUAAAAUCGCACAUAUUUUUUACCGGGUUACUGUAGCAUUUGGGAAUUGUCGAAAUGUAACCUGUAAAACUCCAUGACUGUAAAACUCCAAAAUAAACACUCCGGCAAAAGCCUAUAAAGUUGAGGUAAUUUAUCAAACAGCAGGUUUCCAUGAUAGUAAUUGCCAGUGAAACGUUGCCAUGGAACAUUUAGUAAUGCAUGAACUGAGUUGAAAAAGUAGUACAUGUCUGCUUUAAAACCAAUCUCAUGCUUAUCAUUUCAACUACACAAUAUGACUUUCCCUUGUUUUAAAUUCCUAACUACACAUAUGCAUGAGAAGAAAUAUCGUUUGUAAUUUAUAAUUUUGUAGCCAAACAUGUUCCAUAAUUUGUGUUUUCCUAAACUAUUAUAUUAGAACUUUGAUUACGUAGCUUAAAUAGCGAAAUUAUGAAAAAAAACAGCUCUAUUCGAAAUAAAAGUUUAUUACCCCCAAUUUGGCAUAGCAAUAA